UAUAUUUAUUUGUAAAUGUAGAAACUUUAAAUAAAUAAAAAGAAGCUCAGAUGAAACCCAUUCUAUGAAAAUUGGGAAGUGAAAAAUCAAUGGGUGGAAGCAUUGUGUUGGUUCUACUGCUGUCCUUGUUUUUACUAUUAUUUUCAGUCUUUAAUGUGUCUGAUUUUCAUGACCCAUUAUCUGAAUUUGGAAGCAGCUUCAGUUCCAAUCCUCAAUUCUUCAGUUUGAAUCCCACAUUGCACAACCAUCACUUGCUGAAUUCUUUUCAAGACCUUUUCACCAGGAAAUUGGUUGCAUAUGCAGGGACAAACAACGGAAAUUCAGCUCCCAAGAGUUCAAAUAUGAGAAAUGAUAGUUACAUUGAAGGGCCAUUGGUAGAGGAGCUCACAUUUCCUGCAAAUUCUGCUCCAUUCAAUAGCUGUCAUGCUUCUACCAUUGUUGAGGUUGAGAAAGAUCACUUUUUGGUUGCCUAUUUUGGGGGUUCACUAGAGGGGGCUCCUGAUGUGAAAAUUUGGUUGCAACGCUACAAGAAUGGCAGCUGGCAGUCACCUAUUGUCGUUGAUGAACAAGAAGAUGUUCCGCUGUGGAACCCUGUGCUAUUCAAACUUCCAUCAGAUGAGCUGCUGCUCUUCUAUAAAAUAGGCCCCGAGGUUCAAAAAUGGAGUGGAUGCAUGAAGCGGUCAAAUGACAAAGGUAUUACUUGGACAGAUAGAGAACAACUUCCUCCUGGUAUAUUAGGUCCUAUAAAGAAUAAGCCUAUCUUGCUGGAAAAUGGGCUCUUACUCUGUGGAUCCUCAGUUGAAAGUUGGAAUUCUUGGGGGUCAUGGGUGGAGGUUACAGCAGAUUUUGGUAUGUCAUGGAGAAAGUAUGGCCCAAUUUAUGUACCAAAUGAAAAUAUCAGUGUGAUUCAACCAGUUCCUUAUCAGACUACAAAAGGGACCUUGCGUGUUUUACUACGAUCCUUUGAGGAUAUUGGUAGAGUUUGUAUGUCAGAAUCCCAUGAUGGUGGCCAGAGCUGGGGUUACGCGAAACCUACUGAACUCCCCAAUCCAAACUCAGGUAUUGAUGGGGUUAAACUGAGAGAUGGUCGUUUCUUACUUGCUUAUAAUACAAUCUCAAGGGGUGUGCUUAAAGUCGCACUCUCUAUGGAUGAUGGUGACUCAUGGCUUGAUGUUUUGACAUUGGAGGAUAAUUUGGAAAUGGAGUUUUCAUAUCCAGCUGUUAUCCAGGCUAGUGAUGGGUUGGUGCACAUCACUUACACAUAUAAUAGAACACAGAUUAAGCAUGUAGUCCUAAAAUCAGACUGAAGCAACGUCAUAUUAGCACAAGAUCAAAGCACUGAACUACAUAUUGUCAUGUGAAACAAGAUUUGUGCACAAGUGAUUCCAACGCCCAGCCUAUCUAAUCAGGCGACAAGGGAUAGAAAUAUUGUCUUUGGUACUAGACCAUGGUUCAUACAAUGAAGUGUAAUAAAAUGAGAUAUUAAAGAAAGAGUUUGAAAAAGAGAAUUCACAAAGAAUACAGUGUGUGAACAAUUGGUUGUCUUCGAAAUUAUUAUCAUUUUUCAUUUAAUUGUCAAA